CUCAGUUUGCUGUUUACACUUCUCUCUGUGGAUUCAUCCCUUUGGAGUUCCUGGGUAUGGAGCUGGGAACAAAUUAUCCCCGUGCUCAGGCCAGGGUGUUCUGGGACAGGCACAUCUCCAGGAGCCUUUCCUUCACCUCUGCAGGUGCUGAACCUGCAGCAGGAGCACCAACCUCUCCUUUUUUGUCACUUCAGGGAGGUUACUUGGGAAGGAACAGAGGUCAAAUGCCUGAAACUUCCCAUGUUUGUGAAAGCAAUAAUGUUUUUUAAUACAAAAUUCUGGUACUUUUGUAUCUUGAUUUCUGAGAAGAGGCUUUUUGCAUUUGCAUUUUUGCAUUUCUUCUGGUUUCAAGGCUGCUAACCCAGUGAUGGCUCACUCUUCAAGGGUUUUCCUGGGACUGGAUAUCAAAUAUUCACCAGACAGAUGAGUCUUGGCCAUGUGGUGUAGAACAGACAUGUUAUAUUUGAUUAAUGAGGCUGUUGACAUAACAAGGCUUUGCUGUGUGCUGCUUGAUUUAUCUUAAAGGCUUUUGUGAAUUUGGCACCAAGUUCCUGCAGGUAGGAAUUGGUUAUCUCCUGCCUGCCAUGCUGCCCAAAUUGGAAAUGCAGGAUUUAUUAUCGCAGCAGAGCAAGGAGCGUUGUGCUGACGCUGUGCUUGGUGACUUUCUUCUCUUCCUGAAAGCUCCCAUGCUGCUGUUGUAAGAGAGAAGGAGGCAUUUGUUGUGGUUCACUCGAGAACAUUCAGUUCAAAAAUAGAACUGCAGGAGAAGGUUCACUUCCCAGAGGUUCAGUUUCAUCCCAGCCAUGGAUGCAGGCACACAUCCAAAUGUUUGCAUGUGGAAAUCCGCCGGCUCCAGCACGAGCAAAACGAGCCCAGAUUGAUUGGUGAAAUCUAAUCCGUGGCUUCUGCUUGUUUGUUUUCCAUCUUCUAAUGACAAUGCACGUUUCUCUGAAUUGUGGCUGAAAUGCUCAGUCUCCUUGCUUUGAGUCUUGAAUGGGUUUGUGUGGAAAAAAAUCAAGAUCUUCAGGAGCUGGAGGUUACCUGUUGGUCCUCAUGAUUUGAGAAGGUGAAGAAUGAUGGAAACAAGAUUUCUUCUGCUUUUCUGCCCUUGGAUCAGCAAAAAGGGGGAAGAGGAAGAAGAGCUGGUUGUAGACAGUCCUGCUGUGCGUGGCAGCUCUGGGUGGUGCCAGCACUGGGUGAUGGCGUCAGUGCCUCUGAGAAGGGGGGACUGGCAGCCAGCAGGACUUUGGGCAUUUUGUGAUAGCCAGAGUGCAUCGUUAUCUCGAGAGCUGAAAGCCACAUGUGAGCUUGGCAGAACUUCUUGAUCUAGUCCUAUUUGAGCUGCUUGCUUGUUUAAUUCCAGAGGUCAUUUGGAAAUUCUAAAUUCCAAAGUGGACAUUUGUGGUGCCUUGAAGGGAGGGGGGAUCAGCCAAGUGGAGCUGGGGGAGUUCAGCCCUGUGGUUGGUCCUGUUUGAGUGGCCUUGCUUUGCUUCUGCUUAAUUUUUUGUGUCUGGUGUCUGAAAAUAUUGGGCAAAUGGGGUUGUAAGGAAGAAAGCAGAAAAAUGUGCAGAAAAAUGACCUGUUCAUGAAGACCAAAUAAUAUUAAUUCUCUUUAUAUGGCAGUAUUUAUGAGCUGAUUUUAAAUGGGAGAGUGUGAGGCAAUUAAAAUCAGGAGGAAUGCUUUCUGCAGCCACUUGAGAGACUGCAGGUACAUCCAGGGUGAAUUGUAGUGCUCAAAGUCAUCCCUGCCGAGGGUAUGAGUGACUUUGAGAGCAGGGAGGCGUGGAUUCCCCACUGUGGGAAGGGGUGGGUCCCAACUGAGACGUUGUAUUGGAUUUCAGGCUGGUGUUUUGGUCUUAGAUUCCAUCCCAAGCUUCGCUGCAGUCUCCCGUCACAUGGAGAGCCUGGGAAGCUUUUUUAAGGUUGUGUUGAUCAUGGACAGUGAAGAAAUCCCUACUUUCUCGAGUCCAAAGGAGGAAACUGCCUAUUGGAAAGAGCUUUCCUUGAAGUACAAACAAAGCUUCCAGGAGGCCCGUGAAGAGCUGGCUGAAUUCCAGGAGGGAAGCAGGGAAUUAGAAGCUGAGUUGGAGGCACAGCUAGUGCAAGCUGAGCAGAGGAACAGAGAUUUGCAAGCAGAUAACCAAAGACUGAAAUAUGAAGUGGAAACAUUAAAGGAGAAACUGGAGCACCAGUACGCCCAGAGUUACAAGCAGGUGUCGUUGUUGGAGGAUGACCUGAGCCAGACAAGGGCCAUCAAAGAUCAGCUGCACAAAUAUGUGAGGGAGCUGGAGCAGGCCAACGAUGACCUGGAACGUGCAAAGAGGGCAACAAUAGUUUCAUUGGAAGACUUUGAACAAAGACUGAACCAAGCUAUUGAGAGAAAUGCAUUUUUAGAAAGUGAACUGGAUGACAAGGAGUCAUUGCUGGUCUCUGUACAGAGAUUAAAGGAUGAAGCAAGAGACCUACGGCAGGAGCUGGCUGUGAGGGAAAGGCAGCAGGAGGUGACCCGGAAAUCAGCACCCAGCUCCCCUACUCUGGACUGUGAGAAGAUGGACUCAGCUGUCCAGGCCUCUCUCUCCUUGCCAGCUACACCUGUUGGAAAAGGAUCAGAAAAUAGUUUUCCUUCCCCAAAAGCUAUACCAAACGGGUUUGGUACCAGCCCACUGACUCCUUCAGCUCGAAUAUCUGCACUCAACAUUGUGGGAGAUCUGCUACGGAAAGUGGGGGCCUUAGAAUCCAAAUUAGCUGCUUGCAGGAAUUUUGCAAAGGACCAGGCAUCACGGAAAUCCUACAUUUCAGGGAACAUCAACAGCGCCGUGAUGAGCAGCAAUGGCACAAAGUACCCACACCCAGGACACACGUCCUUCUUCGACAAGGGGGCAGUGAACGGCUUUGAGCAAGGGCCCCCCGGCCUGGGGGGCUCCCGACCGUCCUCGGCGCCGGGAAUGCUCCCGCUGAGCGUAUGAGCCCGCGGGGUCUGGACUCGGAUGCUUUUCUCAGCCCACCUCGAGAAGAACUGCUCCUGAUUCCUCCCCAUUCCCACCCUGCUGGAACAUGGCCCUGAGAGGAGGCCCCGGGCCCACGGCCCUCCAUGUCCUGUCAAUACAGUUUGUUUUCUGCUGUCGCUGUAGUGGACGUUCUCUGCCCCAGCCCCACGAGCUGCCACCCUCUGCUGUGCUUGGGGACACCGAGUCCUGCUCUGCCUGGGGGACAGGCCUGGCCUUCCCCCUGGGUUUUCCCUCUCCUCUCACUUAGUCUGACAGAGCUUUGGCCACUCCUCUCACAGGCUCCGCUGUCUCUGUCCCCUCCCAGGCCCUGCAGCUGCUGCUCUCAGACCUCGUGGAAGUGCCCUGGGGGAGGCCAUUAGCACUUGAGAGCUGGCCCCAGAGUCUGUCUCAGGGGCAGCUGCAGCCAGGGCACUCAGAGCAGGGCUGGGUGAGUGGCUCCAUCCCCUCUGGACAGCUGGACACACACAGUGACCAGGCUCCCUGGUGGCAGUGCCCUGGAGUGACCAUCCCAGCCUGCCCUGGUGCAGGGAUGGGCAGUGCUGUGGCCAGGGCUGUGCCCUCAGGUGCCCCCAGGGCUGCCCCACAGCUCCCUGGCCCUGCUGGACUUGGCCUCCAUCCCUCACCCCACACAGCGACCCCAUGGGAGCUUUAGGAAGCUGCUGCUCCCCCUGGCCCCAAGAACCCUCUGCCCAUCACCCCCUGUGCUGUAGGACUGGAUUGUGCAGCCUCACCUUCUGUGACAGUUUGGGGCAACUGAACCUCGUGGGUCUUUCAAGCAACACAUUUGUGUGGUUUCUCUGUCCAUGUGCCUCAGAGUCAGUGGAUUUUUAGACUGAACCAGCAAACGGAGCCAGGGUUGGAGCUGAGGGUUCAGCAAUCAGCGUUCAGGGGCUCUGCAGCUCCCAGAUGGUUGAGUUAAAAAUGCUGAGAAAAAAACCCCACUGGCCCAGCAGUGGAGGUGGGAUUGUCCCUUUGCCAUUAGGGUUUGUAUGGUCCUUCCUUCCUGUGCAUCCUCUGCUGCAUUUGACUGUUUACAUUUGUUUUAUUGUACAUAGAUUUGUAAACAUAAUACCUUUGCCUGAGGUCUUUGUACAUAACUUGGGCUUUGUAGCUUUAUUUAUUCAGCCUCUCUCUGGCAUGUUUCCAUAGGAUGUACCGUUCCACCCUGGUGCCACUGACACGAUGUGGUUUCAAAAGAAUGAAAACAAAUGAGAGUAAUCUUCCAAAAAUAAAGUUCUUUUAAUGUGGAAUCAGUGGAUUUUGCAGAACCAGUG